CUCAUUAGAAAAAAUCAAUCAAAAGAAAACUAAUCUCGAAGAAAUGGCGAAUCGAUCCAGGGUUAUCACCAUUUCUCCUCUCGUUCUCAACCACGAUGACGAUCUCGAACUCGAUCUCGAUCUCUGGGAAGUUGUUAACCCCUCCGACGGCGAGUACUCCGACGAUUCCUUCUCCGUCGACAGUCUUUCCGACGACGACGUCAUAUCUCUCGACGACGACGCUUCCUUUGUCAUCUCUCCGCCGCCUCAGACUCUCCCUGUGACUGACGAUGAUGGCGAACUCCCCGCGGAUCUGGUUCUCGACGGUGACGAUGUCGUUAGCGAUCAAGUCGACGAUAAGCAUCUCCGAUGGGCUCAGCGGCGGAUGGUGCUGCUCCGCGGAGGCUCCACCUAUUCAUUCGGUAUUACGCUGGGAGAUUACGCUAAUCGCGGUGUCUGUUACGAUGACGGCGGCGGCGACAGCGAUCACGUUGCUGACGACGGCGAGUACUACGACGAUUCGUAUGAUCUCGACGAGGAGCUGGUGCCGCGUAGCGUGUGUAAGAAGCUGGGGAGGCAGAGGAUGAGGAAACUCGGGAAACGAGCGAUCGCGAAGGUCUUGACCUCGAAGACGUCUCCGUAUGGUUGCGUUCGCGGUAAGCAUGGUGGUCUCGGCCUCAAGUUCAAGUGCUGAUCGUUGAUUCCAAAGUUUCGUUUCUUCAAUAAUCAAGAACCUUAGUCAUAGUCAUGGAUGAUUUAGUACGUGUCCGCUUUAGAAUUUCAUCAGUUUCUUGGUUGGUUGAUGUGUAAAUGGUAGUUCAAUUGCUUUGUCAUUUGAUUUUAAGUAAAAUCUGAUUCCUCUGAAACUUUCAUUGUACAUGGAUCACAUCUUUUAUCAGAGGUCAUCAGGUUAUGGAUCUUGCAUUUGCAUCUUUAACUAAUGUUGGAUUCAAAUGGAUAAUCUGAGUGUUAUCUAAUCUUUAUGUUUGGUGGUGGUUAA